AUGGUCAACCCCACUGUCUUCUUCGACAUCGCUGUCGACGGCAAGCCCUUGGGCCGAGUCUCUUUUGAGCUGUUUGCAGACAAAGUUCCAAAGACAGCAGAAAACUUUCGUGCUCUGAGCACUGGGGAGAAAGGAUUUGGUUAUAAAGGUUCCUGCUUUCACAGAAUAAUUCCGGGAUUUAUGUGCCAGGGUGGUGACUUCACACGCCAUAAUGGUACUGGUGGCAAGUCCAUCUAUGGCGAGAAAUUUGAUGAUGAGAAUUUCAUCCUGAAGCAUACAGGUCCUGGCAUCUUGUCCAUGGCAAAUGCUGGCCCCAACACAAACGGUUCCCAGUUUUUCAUCUGCACUGCCAAGACUGAGUGGUUGGAUGGCAAGCAUGUGGUCUUCAGCAAGGUGAAAGAGGGCAUGAAUAUUGUGGAAGCCAUGGAGCGCUUUGGGUCCAGAAAUGGCAAGACCAGCAAGAAGAUCACCAUUGCUGACUGUGGACAAAUCUAA